CGUAGUAUAAAAGGGCGUCCAUUGCUGUUCUCGGUGUGUUGCGUUCAAGCUUCUUGGCUGGCGAAGUCUUCUUCUUCUUCUUCUCUUUGCAGAGUUGAUAGAGCUUCGCAGUCAUGGCGUCUCAAGAGCAUCUGGAGAAGCUGCAAGCCCGCCAGAGUUACAGGAACUUCUGGCACGCUGACCUCACGCACACCGUUCAAGCUGACACCCCCUACUGCUGCUUUGCCUUUUGGUGUGGACCAUGUGCUUCGUACUUGCUCCGGAGAAGAGCCCUUUACAAUGACAUGUCCAGAUACGUGUGUUGCGCUGGUUACAUGCCCUGUAGCGGAAGGUGCGGAGAAAGCCAGUAUCCCGAGCUAUGCCUCGCCACUGAGGUUGUCUGCUGCUUUGGGAAUUCAGUGGCCUCGACGCGCUUUCUCUUGCAAGACGAGUUCAACAUACAGACCACUCAAUGCGACAAUUGUAUCAUUGCCUUCAUGAUCAUCCUCCAACAAGUUGCCUGCGUGUUUUCAAUCAUAGCAAUGAUAUGUGGGAACAGCGAGAUCCGACAGGCUUCGCAGAUGCUCAGUUGUUUGGCUGACAUGGUUUACUGCACAGUUUGCGCUUGUAUGCAGACUCAGCACAAGAUAGAGAUGGACAAGCGAGACGGCUUGAUCAAUGAUGGACCGAUGGCCGUGCCUCGAUGGCAGCAGAUGUCGCGGCUUGACCAGCGGGUGCCUCCCUCGGUCGGCUAUUAGCCUCAGCCUGCAUACCGACACCCCUAUCCUUAUUCGAUCAAAGCGGUCUCUCUUUCUACUCGGAUUUGUAUCCAGACAUUCUUGACUCGUGUUCUACCGUUGGGAGACACAAUUGGUAGCUUACCAACGUCUUUAUGAAAUUAUCACAUUGCUUUUA